ACUUUAUAGUGUAAUGUGUCAGUUGUCAUUUGGAAUUAAAUGGGGUACCUUGUGUGUUACGUAUUUUUUUUGUGUUUCAAUUUCCGAUUUCUGAUCAGCUGAUAUUUGAUAAUUUGCAAAAAUGGUCCACCACAAUAUUCAGAUUGGUCUGGAGAAUAUUUUACGAGACACGGCUCCUGAAGAAGUACCAGGCGUGCAGAACGGGGAUGUAGGUCGAACCAGCAAUGUGACAUACGGUAUAGACGAUACGCCGCCAUGGUAUCUGUGCAUCUUUAUGGCUCUUCAGCAUUACCUGACGAUGAUCGGCGCUAUAGUGGCCAUCCCGUUCAUCCUCUGCCCGGCGCUUUGUAUGCUAGACACAGACCCUGACAGGUCCAACAUCAUAUCUACCAUGAUAUUUGUCACAGGCCUCAUAACCUGGUUGCAAGCGACCUUCGGCUGCCGUCUCCCCAUCGUCCAGGGCGGCACCAUCUCGUUCCUAGUGCCCACGCUGGCCAUCCUAGGUCUUCCCGUCUGGAAGUGUCCAUCUGAAGACGCCCUGGUCGCCAUGCCCGAGGAAGACAGGAGAAUAGUCUGGAUGACCAGGAUGUGUGAACUGUCAGGAGCAAUUGCCGUUUCUGCGCUGUUCCAGUUAUUUCUUGGAUAUUUCGGUGUGAUCGGCUCCUUGCUCCGCUAUGUGACCCCUCUGACCAUAGCUCCGACUGUAGCUCUCGUGGGCCUCACACUCUUCGACCACGCCGCCUCCGCCGCGUCACAACAGUGGGGCAUAGCUGCAGGCACGUUCAUCCUUUUGACUAUUUUCUCUCAAUGUUUGGACAAAGUGAACAUCCCCACCCUGUCGUACAAGCGAGGGUCUGGCUUCUCUAUCAGCUGGUUUCCUCUGUUCAAGCUGUUCCCGGUUCUCAUUACCAUCACCAUCAUGUGGGCUAUCUGCGGCAUCCUGACAGCCACCGACGUGUUCCCGGAAGGUCACCCGGCCAGGACUGACCUCAAGGUCAAUAUCAUCGAGGACGCUCCCUGGUUCCGGAUACCGUAUCCUGGUCAGUGGGGGGUGCCGACAGUCAGCGUGGCGGGGGUGUUGGGCAUGUUGGCUGGAGUGCUUGCCUGCACAGUGGAGUCCAUCAGUUACUAUCCCACCACCGCCAGGAUGUGCGCGGCACCACCUCCUCCAUUACAUGCUAUCAACCGUGGCCUGGGUACCGAAGGUCUGGGGACGGUGCUGGCUGGGCUGUGGGGAUCUGGGAACGGCACCAACACUUUUGGAGAAAAUGUUGGCGCUAUUGGAGUUACCAAGGUGGGAUCCCGACGUGUGGUACAGUACGCCGCUGGUCUGAUGGUGCUCCAAGGCGUGGUGGGGAAACUUGGUGCGGUCUUCAUCAUCAUCCCGCAGCCGAUCGUGGGAGGCCUGUUCUGCGUUAUGUUCGGAAUGAUAUCUGCUUUUGGUCUCUCGGCCCUCCAGUACGUGGACCUGAACAGCUCUCGGAACCUGUACAUCAUCGGGUUCAGCCUGUUCUUCCCCCUGGUCCUGACCCGCUGGAUGUCCGUCCACAGCGGGGUCAUUGACACAGGGGUAGAGGCCCUGGAUGCCGUGCUGCAAGUACUGCUGUCCACCUCCAUUCUCGUUGGGGGUGUGGUCGGGUGUCUGCUGGAUAACUUGGUACCUGGCACUGAUGAAGAGCGAGGUUUAGCCGCGUGGUCCCAACAGAUGUCGUUGGAAGCCACCACGGUGACCACUGAAGGAGACACCUAUGACUUCCCAAUCGGCAUGAGCUUAAUCCGAAGGUGGAAAUGGACCUAUUAUCUUCCAUUCAUGCCGACAUAUGAGCCGGGAAAGUUCACAGCACUGUUUAAGAGGAAGAAGGAGAGUUGAUGACUCUGAAAAAAGAUGGCGCUGGUAUCGACAAGAAGAGAAAGAGUCGUAGAUUUGUAGUGUUGUUACGAUAACAGACAUAACAUUGUAAUAAAGCGGUA